GUGGAAUGCUUAUUGCUUCAAAAGUUUGUGGAGAAAUACCAAAGACAUUAUCCAUAAUUUCUGCUGCAAUGAUGCAUACGAAGUGUAGAGGAGGAUUUUAUCCACGCACUGAUGAUAAGACUCCUCGCUCUGAAGUGCCUGAUAACAAGGUCAGCUGGACAGUUCCCUUUCCUGAAUAUGUACCAACUGAAUAUACAGCACCACACAUUUUAGCUGGACCAGCAUAUGCAGACCCAAAUAUAGGAAGUGAUGGCUUCAGACCUGUGUGGAAUGCAGUAGAUGGAACUAUCAAUAGGGUUUCUCAUGAAGGAGUAUAUGAAUUUGAUAACGGCAGACCAAGGAACCCUCGUGGCCGCACGGGAAUCAGAGGACGUGGGGCCCUUGGUCGCUGGGGACCAAAUCAUGCCGCAGACCCUAUUGUCACCCGGUGGAAAAUGGAUGCUGGCCAGAAGGUCAUUCAUGAUGUGAGCAAAAAUCCAAUACUGCAGUUUGUUUGCAUCAAACGUCGGGACAGUGGCCAAUGGGCUAUCCCAGGGGGAAUGGUUGAUCCUGGGGAGAAGGUCAGUGUUACUCUGCAAAGGGAAUUCCAGGAGGAAGCUCUCAACUUCUUAGAGAUGACAUCAGAACAGAAGUCAAAAGCAACAGAGGAACUGAAGGAGCUUUUCAGUGGAGGCAAAGAAAUUUACUCUGGAUAUGUGGACGAUCCACGCAACACUGAUAAUGCCUGGAUGGAGACCGUGGCAUACAACUUUCAUGACAGCAAACCUGAUGCCUUGCUUUACAAACUCCAGUUACAUGCUGGUGAUGAUGCUCAGGCUGUGAAGUGGCAAGACAUUUCACAUAAGUUAGAUCUGUAUGCAAGCCACAGAGACUUCAUUGAAACUGUGGCUAAGAAACACAGGGCUCAUUGGUAGACUGCAGAUUACUGGAUUGCCCAAGUGGAAGUCAUACUUCACAUUAUUUUUUUAUCACUUUUUCUCAUUGGAUAAAAAAUCCACUUCUGUGUGAGAUACAGUACAAAGUUAAUUUGUGCACAGGUAGUAAGAAAUAACAAUAAACUGGU